AUGGAGCCUCCAGGUCAGUUGGUGGUCCUUUGUGGCGAGAAGGAGCUCUUGUUGUUUCAGCCCGGGCCAUUGGGGCCAUUGGAAGACCCUGAAGAGGCGCUGGAUUUCGCGGAUACUCAGCAGGUGCAGCGGUUGUUGGCGAUGGCAUCUCCGUGGCACGUGCUGCUCCGCAGAGGUGAUGCGCUCCUGGUGCCCAGCGGCUGGCGGAUUGCUUGGAGGACGUUGGCAGCCAGCAUCACCUUGAGGCAGAAGAUCACGUCCCGCAGCAAUGUAUUGCGGGCCAGCCGCUGCAGAGCCAGAGGAAGAGGUGUGGCCCCAAGAUGCACAGCGCAGUGCCAACGUCAAGUGUGGGCAUCUCGUGUCCGAAUCACGGCUGUGGAUUAG